AUUGAGUGACUCAUAAACUUUCUUUCUUGAAGGGACUGUGUCUUAUUUGCUCUGUUUUUUGGUUGCUGUAACGUUUCAUUAACCUCGUAUUGGGCAUGGAAGUAGUAUGACAUGCCCUAGACAAUCUUCUCGGUUCCACUUAUCCUACUUUGCCUCCUUUGCAAAAUAGCACACUUGUUUGCCCUUGGUAAUUCGGAUUCAUUUUUCCAACUAGUAGAUUAGCCAAUGUUUUUGGCUUGUUGGUUUCAGUGACAUAAGGAGUACAAAAUGGCCAUAUGGCAGUCUCCUCUUCCAAUUAAUCGGAAACAUUGUUGUGUCCCCUUUGGAAGCAUUUCUCCUUUAAGGACUAAGAUCUCCAAACCAUCGAGCUCAAAGUUGCCAGGACUAGAAACAGAAAUUUUGCAAGUGGCUUAUGUGGGUAUAACAAUGAGAGGAGCCAUGCCUGCUUCUACUUCUUGAUUCCUGGACCUGACAUAUUCUGGCUGUGGGCAAGAUAGCAUCAUAUAAUGAAUGGUCCAUGAUUGAAAUAAUAAACUGAAGCUUGUAAAACAGAGCCCCAUCCUUUCAGGUUUUUGUCUCCUAACUAGUGCUGCUACUUAAGUCUUCAGUAAGCCGUUCUAGCUGAUGGAGUAAUGGUAAAACCAGUUAAUCUUAGUGUCAUGAGCACGUUGUCCACCUCUUUUGCUAUGAAGUGAAUUCCUUAAGGAGAUACAGUGCUGUAUAGAAUGCUGUGAUGAUAGGUAAUGCAUUCUGUGAGUCUAUGAAUGAUGGAGUUGGCAGAAGCAUUGCAGGCAAAUUCAUAUGUGGAAUAUGAGAAACAGAUCCAUUAUGGAAGAGAACCAAGUAAAGUCAGUCUGCCACUAGGUGGCCAGCUGUCUCUUUCCCACCCAUGGUGCCAUACUGGGAAUUCACUGUUGGUCUCCAGCAUUGGCAGAUCAGAUGCUCUACAGUAGCUUUAGCCAGAUCAGUUUUUUCAGUUUUGGAAAGGACUAAUCUGUGGUUUUUGUUUUGUUUUGUUUUGUUUUUUGAGACAGAGUCUCGUGGUGUCACCCAGGCUGGAGUGCAGUGGCAUGAUCUCGGCUCACCGCAACCUCCAACCUCGCAGGUUCAAGCGAUUCUCCUGCCUCAGCCUCCCCAGUAGCUGGGAUUACAGGCAUGCACCACCACACCCAGCUAAUCUCUGUAUUUUUAGUAGAGACAGGGUUUUGCCACGUUGGCCAGGCUAGUCUCGAAUUCCUGACCUCAGGUAAUCUGCCUGCCUCGGCCUCCCAAAGUGCUUGGGAUUACAGGCAUGAGCCACCGCACCUGGCCUAAUCUGUGUUUUUGAACCCAUUCAUAAUCUCCAUCCCUGCCACCAUGACCACUUUGUUCAUGGGUCCAUUGCACAAGCUUAGAUAUGAUGGAGAAGAAGGUUGAGUGCCAUCCAUAGAGUAUGCCAUUUUAUCUACCUGAUUAUUAAGAGCCUCUGCAUUGAUGUGCCCACCUAGUCUCUGAUGGUUCAGUGCUGCUGCUUAAGUUUCUGUGCAACUCUAAAAUCCCAUCAUCCCUACUGAAUUCAACUUAUCUCAAUAUUGACUUCCUCCUGUAGUCAUACCUGUCCUACAAAGGGGAGUGACAAGAAUUUUGAAAACUUUGCAGGUGGUCCCUCACUAAUACAUUUCUCCCUCUCUCUCUUUUUUUUUUUUUUUUUUUUUUUUAAAUUUUGUUUCAGAGACAAGGUUUGCUCUGUCUCCUAGACUGGAGUAUAGUGGCACGAUCAUAGCUCACUGCAAACUUGAACUCCUGGGCUCAAAGGAUCCAUCUUCCUGCCUCAGCCCCCCAAGUAUUAAAUAGCUGCGACUACAGGUGCUGAAUGUGGAGUAAAUGCAGAUGUGGAGAAACAUCUUGAAUUGGGCAAGAAAUUACUUGCAGCUGGACAGCUGGCUGAUGCCUUAUCUCAGUUUCAUGCUGCCAUAGAUGGUGACCCCGAUAACUAUAUUGCUUAUUAUCGGAGGGCUACUGUCUUUUUAGCUAUGGGCAAAUCAAAAGCUGCACUUCCUGAUUUAACUAAAGUGAUUCAAUUGAAGAUGGACUUCACUGCAGCAAGAUUACAGAGAGGUCACUUAUUACUCAAACAAGGAAAACUUGAUGAAGCAGAAGAUGAUUUUAAAAAAGUGCUCAAAUCUAAUCCAAGUGAAAAUGAAGAAAAGGAAGCGCAGUCUCAACUUAUAAAAUCUGAUGAAAUGCAGCGUUUGCGUUCACAAGCACUUGAUGCUUUUGGAAGUGGAGAUUAUACUGCUGCUAUAGCCUUCCUUGAUAAGAUUUUAGAGGUUUGUGUUUGGGAUGCAGAACUACGGGAACUUCGAGCUGAAUGUUUUAUAAAAGAAGGAGAACCUAGGAAAGCUAUAAGUGACUUAAAAGCUGCAUCAAAGUUGAAGAAUGAUAAUACUGAGGCAUUCUAUAAAAUAAGCACACUGUACUACCAACUAGGAGACCACGAACUGUCCCUCAGUGAAGUUCGGGAAUGUCUUAAACUUGACCAGGAUCAUAAAAGGUGUUUUGCACACUAUAAACAAGUAAAGAAACUUAAUAAGCUGAUUGAGUCAGCUGAAGAGCUCAUCAGAGAUGGCAGAUACACAGAUGCUACCAGCAAAUAUGAGUCUGUCAUGAAAACAGAGCCAAGCAUUGCUGAAUAUACAAUUCGUUCAAAGGAGAGGAUUUGCCACUGCUUUUCUAAGGACGAGAAGCCCGUUGAAGCUAUUAGGGUUUGUUCUGAAGUUUUACAGAUGGAACCCGACAAUGUGAAUGCCCUGAAAGAUCGAGCAGAGGCCUAUUUGAUAGAGGAAAUGUACGAUGAAGCUAUUCAGGAUUAUGAAACUGCUCAGGAACACAAUGAAAACGAUCAGCAGAUUCGAGAAGGUCUAGAGAAAGCACAAAGAUUAUUGAAACAGUCGCAGAAACGAGAUUAUUAUAAAAUCUUGGGAGUAAAAAGAAAUGCCAAAAAGCAAGAAAUCAUUAAAGCAUACCGAAAAUUAGCACUGCAGUGGCACCCAGAUAACUUCCAGAAUGAAGAAGAAAAGAAAAAAGCUGAGAAAAAGUUCAUUGACAUAGCAGCUGCUAAAGAAGUCCUCUCUGAUCCAGAAAUGAGAAAGAAGUUUGAUGACGGAGAAGAUCCCUUGGAUGCAGAGAGCCAGCAAGGAGGCGGCGGCAACCCUUUCCACAGAAGCUGGAACUCAUGGCAAGGGUUCAAUCCCUUCAGCUCAGGCGGACCAUUUAGAUUUAAAUUCCACUUUAAUUAAACCAACUGUUUUUCUGCUCUUCUUCCUUAAUUUUUUUAAAGAUUAAAAACAAAGAAAUUUUGUUCCAGGACCCUAAUGAAAAAAAGUUUCAAAUCUUUCAGUUUGUCCAUGACCAAAGAGUUGCUUUAAUAGGAAAAAAUCUGUUCUUAUCCCUGUUAGAUUUAUGGUUAAUGGGUUUGCAACGGCAGGGAGGCAAGGAAUGGUUCUAUUUCUGACAGAGCAGCCUGCAUCUGCUUUAUGCUGUCUGGAGGGAAGUGGUCUGAGGCAGGCUCACCUGUGGACGUGCUCACGUAUUCUGUAUUUUUCUACACUGGAGCUGAGAUUCUUCUCUUCACAGCCUUGCAGAGUAAGUCAGUGCCUACAAGUGUAAGAAGGAGCUGUAAUCUUCAUGAGAAUGGUUAUGCUUCUGUAUUCUUAAAGAGAACAUGAACAUUUUUGAGCUGUAUGUUCUUAGGGACAACUGUGCUUCGAUGUGGUCAGUCUUGUCACUUGUGAGUAGCUGUGAAAUCUUUAGUGUGCAUGUGUUUACACCUCUGUGGUCUGUCAACAUGGCUGUCACUGAAGGAGGAGCAAGAGACCAUCUUUUAGGAACCCUGCCACCAAAUAAUAAUAUACCCAGGCUUAGACUUUGGAUAAAUGUUAAAUGUACAUUUUUUUGGUUCAGUACCUGAAGAAUACUGAAACUUGAAUCUAUAAAUUCCUAUGGACCCUUUUAAUAUUAAACACAACAAAUUAAAAGUUAUAGGUAAAAUAGGUUCAGAUAAAAUAGUGGUGGUAUUUAAAAUAAUAUUGCUGAAGUGCAGACUGAAAUACUUUUUAAACAACUGAAGUUCUGAGUUUUUAUAGGGAAUUUCAUGUAACAAGUCUUGGCUUAAGAAACAUAAAGUUGCGCAGUCACCAUAAAUAAAUACAGAAUGCCAUGUUUCCCACUUUUAAGUAAAGACAGUGGGCAGCUUCUGUUUCUCCUUCUAUCAAUCAAGGCUUCACCCUAUCUUAAAGGUCUGUGGUGCCUCCCACGUGGGACCUGUCUGCUGGUAUGUGUUAAACAGCAGACCUGCCCUUCUGCCAGAUCUUGAUGCCUCUAAUGUUCUCCUGCCUACAAGAAAAUACAGGCAAGUUUAGUCAGGUCUGGCUGUAUUUCCACUGUUGUUUCAUUUAAUAAGAUGGCAUCCCCUCUUGAGAUAUGUUCUUCUUACCUUUUAAGAAGAUACCAUUUAAGAAGUGAACAUUCAGUCUUUGUAUACUGAAUGCUUUUUCCCUAAAAAAUGUUAAUCAAGAAUACUGAAUAUUUAUGGAACUCUUGAUGCUGCAUUUGAAAGCUGAAGGAAUUACUUUAGAUAGGAAUUGCUACCUUUAUUCUAGAAAGGUUUGGUUUCUGCCUCAAAGCAUUUUGAAGUGUUUUAACCAUUAAAGGGUCUAAUUUUUUUUUUCUUACUGAAAUCAAGCAUUUUAAUUCACUGUGGGAGGCAUCCUGACCACGGACAUCCAUAACAGCAAAGCACAAAUUGUUUUUGUCUGUAGUCAUAUCCUGAAACAUAUGUGGACAAAUUUUUAACUGAGAGAUAAAAAUCACAUAGUUGAAUUGAGCAGAACACUUAGGUGCUUUCUGCAGCUAUUUAGGAGUCUACUUCUUACCAAUAAACUUGACAACGCAUUUGAAAAACUAGUGAACACCUUGCAGCUUUCAUUUUGCUUUAAUGUUUCAAUUCAAGCCAGUGUAAAAAUAAUUUCCAAGGCAUUUCUGUUUAUUCUUUAGUAAUCUCACUACGGGCUGUGUCAGCAAUAUCUUUUUCAAUCUGGUUCCUUUUGUAUAUGAUGUCACUGUGACCUCCUUGAAAAAGCCUAGUGAUGGCUUUUACCUACUUUGAAAAUAAUUUCACAUAGAAUCAGAAAAAAAGGAAGUAUCAAAUCACUUGCCCUUCCACUUGGAGAGCACGACAGUUGCCAACAGCAAGGAGUCAAGGGCCACACCGGAGAUGUGUCCGGGGCCUGGCCACCUCCCACCUGCUGCCCAGAAGCUCAUUUGCAUUUUCAUUUUUUCUCCGCUUGUAACAACCAUAGUUUCAGUUCCUAAAUUCUUAUCAUGGAUUUAACUUAGUCAUCUUAACUGAUGUGCAGAGUUACUUGCCUGUUUUCAGUGAAGAGAGAAAAGCAGCUCUGGUGCCACAUGCCAGUGCCAUGGAGGGAAAUGAAUUCUCUGCAAUCUGUUGUUUCGCUGAUUCAUAGUUUCAGCCUUGAUGGCUGUCGGCAGUUUUCUGGUGUCCACCCAAACGGAAAGACAGUCACUCCCUGCUUUCCCUAACGUGUGACUGAGAAGCAGCCUGGAUGUGUAAAGAGAUAGUCAUUCCCCCUGCCUGUCUCACUGUAGGGUAGCAUUAUCCACUGUAAAACCAUACAACUUUCAUUUUCCCUUGGGGACUGCAGGUGCCAGGUAACCUUUUUUUUUUUUUUUUUUUUUGAGAUACAGUCUUGCUCUGUUGCCCAGGCUGGAGUGCAGGGACACCUCCUGGGUUCAAGUGAUUCUCCUGCCUCAGCCUCCAAGUAGCUGGGACUAUAGGUGCACACCACCAUGCCUGGAUAAUUUUUGUGUUUUUAGUAGAAAUGGGGUUUCACUGUGUUACCCAGGAUAGUCUUGAUCUCCUGACCUUGUGAUCUGCCCGCCUUGGCCUUCCAGAGUGCUGGGAUUAUAGGCAUAAGCGACCGCGCCUGGCCAUCAGGUAACCUUUAUGGCUCUUUCAGGAAAAGUGAAAUCAGAGAGGGGUACCCUAGCCAUAGCUCUGUUGUAUUCUGCUCUUCUUUGCUUUUUGGUGAGCUCCAUGGGUGGAGUUAUCAGUGGUCUGUACUUUGUGGAUAUUUUGCCCAGCAGGAAGUAUUAGACACAUCAGUCUAGAGGCAUUGUGAAAAGGUUCCAAAACGGGAGACGAAAUUUAAUUCCUUCCUCAGUUCUGAAAGUUUGUGCUUUCUUACCAUGAAUAGAUGAAAACUUGAAAAAAAUCUUGACAGUUUACUAAUGUGAAUCGGAUGUAACAUACUACUACUUCUACAAUGCCUUUCUCUUUAGUCAGUAUUAAAAAUCUUUUUUAAAGUAUUGGUAUGAAAACAAAUUUUUGUUGCCCUGAUAAUGGAAUUUUAAAACUACCCACAGUUUAAGAGAAAACAUAACUGGGUAAAAAAGGUAGCCAAUAAAACCACAAUUUGAAAUUGAUAACGAUUUUCUACUCACAAUGGAUGAUGAAAAAUUUCACCUUUAAAUGGGUCAGAAGUUGUCUUUGACAUUUACCAUGAAAAAACUACAUAAAAUGGCUCCCUGGUGAGGUUACAGACACAGGGCCCUGGUGAUGGGCAUUGCAAAGUUUUCACUGAGCACACAGCAAUGGUAUCACCUAGAAAAGUUCAUGCAACUUUGUUGAAUGUAGUUGACUUUUCCAAAUUUAUAAAGGAAGGAAGAAGGCAAACGUUAAUUUGUCAACAACUAAUAUCCUUUUUCUAAAUCAGAUCAUUCCUUUUUUGUUAGUGGCAGUUUAUCCUGUAAUUUCAAAUGACGUUAAGAGGUGGGAUUAUUUGGGGUUUUUUUUUGUUUACAGAUGAUCUCAUUUGCUGAAUGAUUUAAGAGUAAAAUUAGCCACCGCGUGGCUUUGUGUAUAGUAACCGGUUUUGUUGCGCUUGUCUGUGGCUGAAACACUUACCCUGCAGUGGAAAGCUGAGCAAGGAGAAGGUAAACAUUGGAGAUGUUUGUGAAAAUAUUACUCUUACCGUGCGGUUUUAGUUUGUUUUGAAUGAGAAAAGACUAAGUAAAGUAACUUAAUCCAUCUCAAUGUAGUGUUUUAAUAAAAAAAGGAAGCUAAUAUUUGAAAUGGGUCUCAGACAUGUCUACAAAUAUGGGUACUAUUUUUAUGCCCGUGUAUUUUCACAUUUAAUAAAAAUAUUUAUGGUCAUAUCAGUA